AUUGCUGUUGCCGGUCAAUCGUAUGAAACUUCUACCUGUUUUGUCAAAUCGAACAAUUAUUUCAUUGACAUUUUUUAAUUUCUCAUAAUUAUUUUUGAGUUCUUGUGGUGCGAAGAUGAAAAAACUAUUGUCUCCUAAGAAAUGCCAUGCGAAAAGCCAGCGUUACACACGAUUUAAAAGCGAUCCUCCGAAACGUAUGGUAACCUCGACAUGGAAUACAAGAAACGAUUCCUCGAACAUCAGUUCGAUUUUGCAACCAGAAAAUUACGAGCAAUCUCCCAAACAACCGCCUGACAAGAGUGUCUACAAAAAACACUUCCUAGGCGAGAAUUCUUGCUACUGUUUAGAGAAAAAAAUUAGGCCAAAGCUCAUGUCGAGGCCAAGGACUUGUUUAUCCUUGGACGAAUUAAAAAAGCAGUACGAGGGAAGCGAAUUGUUGCGAAGGCCUCUGGAAGAAAAUUACACUUUUGAGGAAUGUCGUUGUAAAGGUGUCGCCGAUAAUCACGCUAGUUCCAACUUGACUUUACUGAAGGGAUAUCAAGAAGAACUGGAGAAGUUAUGUAAUUGUUUAAAAUAUACAGAUUCAAGGAAAGACUACCACACGUUUAGGCAGAGACAGAACGAGGACCAUUUGAAGGAAUUAGAAAAAUAUCAUGAGUCAAAGGGUAUCAUAGAAGAGGCGGAAAAAGAGAAAAAAGAAAAAGAAGAAGAAGAUCAUAGAGAUAAAGAAGAAGACGACUACUCAUUGUGGACAAUCAUGGGUACCAAACCCGACACAAUUAAAACAGCCUCGACUUUCGACUCAGAAGAUGAAGUUUCGACUGUCGAAGACGUGGCCACGUUCCGAAAUGAACAUUAUUUCGAAACUCACAGUACUGGCGACCUAGGGAAGAAAGUCCCGAAGCAUACUUGCGUCCACCAAUUUAGAUUGGACGACAGGCUCUUGCCAGAACCGCUAAACGUUGAUCCUUACGGACGCAGCAGGUGCAGUAUUUGCUCCAAACCCAUGGAGGGCGACACCAUGCAACUAUCCAAGCCGUAUUUCAGCGACAAACCAAGCACCUCGAGCUUGAGAAACCUUGCCAAGUGUUCGGAACUGGGACUAGUUCCCAGGAGUAUAUCUCUUGGAGGAAAUACAUCAAAAAUAGAACUAAGGGUCGAUACGAGCAAUAAAGAUAAGUUGGGAAUGAUUGUGGGGAAGCUUCGCAAGCCUCAGUACUUCAAUACUUUUGCUCUGAGACAACAGAGAAUGUCCUGUUGA